CGUUGAUAUAAAACUUAAUCUGGGAGGGAGCAUUAAGUUUCCUGGAAAAAGAACUCACUGUUGCCCUAAUUGCACACAGAGAGACAGGGUCGUCCUGUCCUGUCAGUCAUAGGUGGAUUUCGGUUGCCCCUAACUCUGUAGGUCCCGCCUACAAACAGUCGGGACUGGUGACGGAUCUCCAUUUCGCAGCGGACGCUCAGCAGACCCGGUCAGUCCAGGAGCCGCGCCCGUCCCGUCCGGUCCGGUCCGCAGCUUUUCUUAAUACUUUCCAGGGGGAAGGUGUUUGUCCGCCGCUGGGAUGAUGAGCGUAGCGGUGGCGGAGGGCUGUUUUCUGUCCGCCCUGCAGCCCAACUCCUCCUGCACCGCCUAUGUGGUUCCCUCGGACGGGCCGUCCGCGGACCCGGGCGCUAAAGCGAGGAGGGUCCGGGAGCAGGUCCGGAUGCGGCUGGCUGAGAAGAAGUCCUCCUCCCUGCCCAGACUGGACGACUCGCAGCUCGGGUCAACAGACUACAGCUUUCCUGAGGCAAAGAGCUUAGCCCACACCCUGGGUUUCAGUUCCAGGUCCAUGAUACAAACACCCAGCCGCGUCAUGGCUAUGCCAACAGCACCCCUUCACUCCUCUGGUUUCUCCUCUCGCUCUGCUGUGGAGAGCACUUCCAGAGUGAGGCAUAAAGAAGCCAGCACAGUCCAGAGCAGCUUCCACACCUCCCAGUCACACAGCAGAAGCAGACGCACUAAGUCACUGUGCCAGGCAGACCAGGAGGCGUUUCCUAUCAGUGUGUUUGUUCCUCAGGAGAAGGCCUCCUUCCCAAUCACUGUGCCUCCCCCCGGCACCCUAAGGCGCAGUCUCAGUGGGACACUGGCACAGGACAGGAGCCACUGGCAGGAGGAGGAGCUUCCAUAUCAGUACACCUACAAAGGCCCUUCUCACCGCACCAUCAGCCGUAUUACCAACCGACAGCAGCACUACCAGCAGCAGGGCUCCACGUUGGGUCAGGAUGGCUGGGUGGGGACUGGAAGAGGGGUCCCCAUGGCAGGGGAUGGCUGGGGGAGACAGUGGCAGCAGCAUGUGUCCAGGGCAAGUCAUGUCAUGGGAACAGGGCAGUACCAAGCCCCUAUUCACCGGGCCGCCUCGCUCCGCAGUGUGAGGAGCGUUGGGAAAGGGGUGGAUAUCUUGGAUGGAGCAUCGAUACAUAGCAACGACCCACUGGAAGAGAUGCAGGGUCUGGACAUGCCCACAGCUGUCAGAUAUCUCUCUGAGUCAGAUGUUGCCUUGCAAGUUCUGGGAGCUGCAUACAUACAACACCAGUGUUAUCACAGCGAUGAAGCCAAAAACCAGAUUCGUGCCCUGCAUGGCGUUCCAGCUCUGGUUAAGCUGUUUUCCAGUGACAACCAAGCAGUGCAGCGUUAUGCCACUGGUGCCACGCGGAACCUCAUCUAUGAGAACUCUGACAACAAAGUGGCGCUGGUGGAUGCCGGUGGAGUGAUGCAUCUUGUCAGCAUCCUCAGCCAACCCGAUGAGGAGCUUCGAAAGACCAUCACAGGUGUCCUGUGGAACUUGUCCUCCAGAGACCACCUGAAGGAGAAGCUGUCCAAAGAAGCUUUACCAGAGUUGACAGAUAAAGUGUUGAUUCCUCUGUGUGGCAGCCUUCCACUCAGCCCGCCUGAGAGAGAUAUCUUCCUCAACACAACUGGCUGCCUCAGGAACUUGAGCUCAGUAAAUGAGAGGACGAGACAGAAAAUGAGAGAUAUGCCAGGCCUGGUGGACUCUCUGGUGUCCUACAUUCAACAAGAGGAAAGGCCAGAUGACAAGGGUUUGGAGAAUUGCUUGUGUGUGAUGAGGAAUCUGUCCUACCAGCUAUACACUGAGCUUCCUCCCUCAGUGCGACUACGUCUGGAAGGCCCAACGAGAGGCUCUGCCAUCAAGGACAGUGAGGCCAUCGGCUGCUUUACUCUGUAUAGCAAAAAGGACACUGAGCGCAACCAGAAUCUUUCCAUACUGUCUGAGGUGUCACGACAGCCGAAGGGGGCUGAGUGGUUGUGGCAUCCUAAGGUAGUGGCGCUAUACAAGGUUGUUUUGCAAAACAGCGAUUGCAACUCCACCAGUCGCGAGGCUGCCAUAGGAGCCCUGCAAAAUAUCACUGCAGGAGAUGCCAAGUGGGCAUCAGUGCUGAGUGGGGUGGUGGUGGAGCAGGAGAGGUUGCUGCCCAUCCUGCUGGAUCUGUUAGACAGCAACAGUGAAAUGGAACUGAGGCCUCUGACUGGCCUGCUGAGAAAUCUGGCCAGACAUUUUUCCAACAAAGACCAGAUGGCUAAGAACAUGGUUAGAGUCCUGGUGUCUAAGCUGCCCAACGAUGGUCUUCAGAAAACACCAUCCAGUGAGGUGGUGGUCAACAUCUGUGGAGCCCUCAAUCACCUGGUCACCUGCAGUUCCUUGGCAGCCCGUGACAUCUUGUACUUCAAUGGCCUGCCAAAACUGAUGGCCAUCAAGACAUCCCAUGACAACAGCGGGGGGAGUUUAAAAGCUGCCAGAGCAGCCUCAACUGUCCUCUGCAACAUGUUCCAGUACAGCAAACUGCACAGAGACUACAAAAUGAAAGGGUUUACCAGACGCGACUUCACAGAUAUCACCAUCUAAACUGCAGCACGUGAUGUGAUUCAGGAUCAGGGUUGCUGUGAGGAGAAGAAGACGAACAGCAGAAGGAUUUAAUGAGCAGAUUAACUGUGGACCUACAGGGGGGAAGUGGACUGGGGCCAAUGGCGAAGACAGACUUAAAGUUGUGCCCUCUUUCAGGUGGUUGUGUUUAACUUGGCUUAGUUUAAAGCAGAAAGGCUGUAACAACCUGCGCUCAAUGGUGCUCACAUACUGAGGACUUCGCCCCCCAAACUACCAUGUGCUCUGUGUGUGUAUUGCGUCUGACUGUGUUAUUUGACACUAACAAAGAUUAUUUUGGACUGAUGUUGCAAAUAUCUAAUACAUGAUGCCUUCCCUAGAUACACAACUAGAUUGCGACCCAAAGUAUGUGAGUCAGUCAAAAUGUGUAGGCCGUCAGCCCCUGUCCAUUUUUUUUUUACAAGUAAAAAAAGCUUUUUUUAAAAAAACAACAGCAAAAAUGGACUGCCCCUCAGAAUGUAGUUAUCACUGUUGUCCUUCCCAACUAUAUAGUAUGUGAUUUAAAAAACAAACAAAAGAAAGUGGCAUCAACAAAUAAUCAUGCUUUGUAGGAAAGAUGUGUAUAAAUAGAAAUAAUGUAGAAAAAACAAGGCUGUAUAUUCUCUUCCAUCAGAUGGAAGGUGCUCCAGAUAAUCAGAGCUACCAGAGCUUCAUGAGGAGCAUCACAAGUCCAGUCAGAGCUCUGAGGAAGCACCAGGUACCUAACAGCCCAAAAAUGAUAUGUAUGAAUACUUCUGUCUGUAGUAUGAACUCUUUUAACCGAAGACAAUUGUUGCUGUUUUGUUUUUGUCUUUCAAGCAGUUUUUGUGUGUAGUAUUAAAACUAAAAGAUAUUCUAGUAACAUAACUUGUAUGUGGUCAGUUAUGAUUCCAGUCCUGAUUUUUUUUUUUAUCCCAGUGCUGCCCUGACUUUGGUGAUGAUCAGAUGCAUGUCUGUGUUUAGUGCUAAUCUUAGCAUAUGAAAAUGUUAAACUAAGAUGAUGAACAUGGUAAACAUGGUAAACUUUAUCUGCUAAAUUUGAGCAUGCAGCUCAAAGCACCACUGUAACCAGGCACAGCCUCACAAAGUAGCAUGUGUGGUUGUUUUUAGUGUUGAGUGUUACAGUGUUAAGAUGCAAAUUAUUUUGUGUUUUUCUUUCAGAUGUUGAUCAUGAAUGACAAGAAACAGGUCUAUGAGUAGGGAGCUGUUUGUAGCAGCUCCAAAUUUAAUAUAGGUUUUGAUAUAAACAAUUUGUAUUCACUUUA